AUGGGCACAGAUGCCCCAGGAAUAGGAUUGGACGCUGAUGUCAAGAUACAAGUCUUCGUCAACGAAAAGUCCAAAGAUCGCAUGUACAACGACCUAUCGCCUGAGAAGGCUCAGGAACUCUACGGCUCUCUCGUUCCCCAGUCUUACGCGGCUGUGAUUCAAGAUUGCAGAGGGUGGACAAAGCUGCUCGUCUAUAAAGAUGGUGCCCUUCUUGUGAGCCAAUUCCCUAGUUCUUAUCAGCAACAAACCGGACGUGAUGGCAACCUCCGCGUUGCCGACGUGGGAACAGGCACGGGCAUCUGGGCAAUUCAAUUUGCACAGCAACAUCCGGACAUUCAGGUAAUAGGCUUCGACCUUGGGAUCCCUCCCCUCCAGCCCGAUUGUCUACAGCCUGCCAAUAUCCACUUCGCCAUCCAGGACCUCCUGGCUGCUUGGCCAACUGAGGGCCCGGCAGCCGGACCAUUUGACCUGGUCCACUGCCGGCAGGUCCUUCUGAACGUCCCGGACCCAGCUGAGAUGCUGCGGCGGCUUUUUGAAAACCUGAGACCGGGCGGUAUAGUUGAGAUUCGCGAGUACUGGAGUCCGAUGGUAUCUGAGAAGGAUGAUCCGGCUGAGAAGCCUGAGGGUUCUAGCAAGGGCUCGCAGAUUCCUCUGCUCGUGGAAUGGCAUCGCGGGACGGUCGAAGCCGCCGCAGCACUCGGGUGCGACCAUGGCUAUGCCGCAAGGCUACCGGAUGCACUCCGCGAGGCCGGCUUUUCGGAAGUGGUAGUCACAGACAGAAAGGUCCCUUUGGGCGGGUGGGCCCCCGAUGGAAGUCGGCAGCAGGACGAGCGCAUGCGAAAGAUGGACUCUCUACUCUGCAAGAUGAUUGAGGCUGGUGCGCCAGUGAUGACAAAGGAGAUGUUUAUGAAAGGACUAGGGUGGACGGAAGAGAUGGCAGUCAAGUAUGCGGCUCGUGUUGUCGACGAAGUUCGCAGGGCUGACUUGGGAUUGGACAAAAUUUGUGCCCGAUUCCGGGUUGUAACUGCGAGAAAGCCACCCAUGUAA